AUGUACGAUGGCCUGCUGAAGCUGACACUGCCACCCGAUGUGAGUCUCGUAGUUUUUGCCGAUGAUGUGGCCAUAGUGAUCGUGGGAAACCAACUGGAGGACAUCAAACUUGCCUUCGAAAUGACUUUUGGAGCGGGUCCGCGGUUGGACUCGGUUGGCCUGAGUCUGGCUGAGCAUAAAACCAAAGCCGUGUUGAUUACAAGUAGGAAAGUCUUAGAGAAAAAAAUGCUGCGAGUAGGGGGCUAUGAGCUCACAUCCCAGCCCUACAUUCGGUACUUGGGGGUGAUGAUCGAUGCCUGGCUCAACUUCAAACAGCAAGUGGAGCACGUGACCAAUAAGGCAUCCAGGGUUCGAGUCGCCUUAUUAUGCCUCAUGUCCAACAUUAGAUGUUCCAAGCAGAGGAGACGAGCUUUACUGUCGUCGGUGAUUACGUCAGUACUCACCUACGGCGUCACUAUUUGGGCGGAUGCCCUCCAAGAGGGAGAGCGAGAGAGAGAGGGGGGGAGAGAGAGAGAGAGAGAGAGAGAGAGAGAGAGAGAGAGAGAGAGAGAGAGAGAGAGAGAGAGAGAGAGAGAGAGAGNUGAUGUUUCUACGGUACACGCGGCUAGCACCGGAAACGAAGGGGAGAAGAAACGCCAAAGGAAGAGCCUACUGACUGGGAGAUCGAAGGACACAGAACAAGCUGAGAACGUAAGUCGCGUUCCGCGACAUUCUCCAGAGGGAACCGCAGGAACGGGUUUGAGGGAAAAAACGAGUGAGGAGGGCGGCGUAACGGACGGAUUCGAGGAUGUUGAAAGUGCCGCUGCUGACAGUGAGGGGGAAACCGGCAGUAUGACAGGUCCGGAAGAGAGGAGGGAUACCGGGAGCCCAACGGCCGCUGCGAGGAGCAUGGCAGAAGGGGAGGAAGAGAGGGAGAGGAGGAAGGAGAAGGAAAAGGCGAAGGAGAAGGAGCAGGAGAGAGAGAAGGAGGAGAAGAAAAAGGAGAAGGAAAAGGAGAAGGAGCAGGAGAAGGAGAGGGAGAGGGAGAAGGAGCAGGAGGAGAAGGAAAAGGAGAUCGAGAAGGAGCAGAAGGAGAAGGAAAAAGAGAAGGAGAUCGAGAAGGAGAGGGAGAGGAGGAAGGAGAAGGAAAAGGCGAAGGAGAAGGAGAGAGAGGAGGAGAAGAAAAAGGAGAAGGAAAAGGAGAAAGAGAUCGAGAAGGAGAACGAGCAGGAGAAGGAGAGGGAGAGGGAGAAGGAGCAGGAGGAGAAGGAAAAGGAGAUCGAGAAGGAGCAGAAGGAGAAGGAAAAAGAGAAGGAGAUCGAGAAGGAGAGGGAGAGGAGGAAGGAGAAGGAAAAGGCGAAGGAGAAGGAGAGAGAGGAGGAGAAGAAAAAGGAGAAGGAAAAGGAGAAAGAGAUCGAGAAGGAGAACGAGCAGGAGAAGGAGAGGGAGAGGGAGAAGGAGCAGGAGGAGAAGGAAAAGGAGAUCGAGAAGGAGCAGAAGGAGAAGGAAAAAGAGAAGGAGAUCGAGAAGGAGAGGGAGAGGAGGAAGGAGAAGGAAAAGGCGAAGGAGAAGGAGAGAGAGGAGGAGAAGAAAAAGGAGAAGGAAAAGGAGAAAGAGAUCGAGAAGGAGAACGAGCAGGAGAAGGAGAGGNAUAUUAACGAAUAUUCAUUUGGAGCGAGUAGCCCCUCGCAAAAUCAGAUUCAGGAAAUGUACUUUCGAGUCAGAAUCGUCCGUUCGUUCCAGAGUCAGUUGUAUGGGCCCAUAAGCGCGCUAUGA